UCACUCGUCAAUUUGUUAUUUCAAGUUGAAGGCAAAUUGAACUUUCUCACUUACACUCUUCACAAACCAAAGCCAAAACCAAAGCAUUCAUUCCCCUCUGUCUAUAUAAACCUAAUUCCUCAUAGACACCAAUUUCUGUCCCGUGGGUGUUUUACCGUUUUAGCCAUUCCGCUAAAACAAUAAAUAAAUAAAGCACGAAACCAUGGAACCGCCAUUGCAGUCGCAACAGCAACCAUCACCGCCGCAAACUUCGCCGCGCUCAACCACUAUCCUCGGCAAGUACCAGCUCACGCGCCUCCUCGGCCGCGGAAGCUUCGCCAAGGUCUACCAGGCGCUCACGCUUUCCGAUGGCUCCACCGUAGCAGUCAAAAUCAUUGAUAAAUCCAAGACGGUGGACGCCGCCAUGGAGCCACGAAUCGUUCGCGAGAUCGCCGCCAUGCGCCGCCUCCACGACCACCCUAACAUCCUCAAGAUCCACGAGGUCAUGGCUACCAGGACCAAGAUCCACCUUGUCGUCGAGUUCGCCGCUGGCGGUGAGCUAUUCGCCAAGAUCCUCCGCCGCGGACCGCUUCCGGAGCAAGCGGCGAGGCGGUACUUCCAGCAGCUGGUCUCCGCGCUCCGGUUCUGCCACCGAAACGGCGUUGCGCACCGAGACCUUAAGCCGCAGAAUCUCCUCCUCGACGCCGCCGGAAACCUGAAGGUCUCCGAUUUCGGCCUCUCCGCACUUCCGGAACAGCUCAACAACGGCCUCCUACAAACCGCAUGCGGAACUCCGGCUUACACCGCGCCGGAGAUACUCCGCCGCCGUGGAAACUCCGCCGGAUACGACGGAUCAAAGGCAGACGCGUGGUCUUGCGGCCUUGUCCUUUACAAUCUCCUCGCUGGAAGCCUCCCGUUCAACGACUCAAACAUUCCGGAGAUGUGCCGGAAGAUUUCCCGUCGAGAUUACCGGUUCCCAGAGUGGAUAUCGAAACCUGCGCGUUUCGUUAUCUACCGGUUACUCGACCCGAACCCGGAAACCCGCAUGAGCGUAGAAGCUCUCUACCAGAACUCAUGGUUCAAGAAAUAUUUAAAACCCGAACCCGAGGAGAGUGUAUUCGGCUCGGAUCCUUAUUAUGAGAAUUCUUGCAAAGGGAUUAACAAUAAAGGAAUGAAUGCGUUUGAUAUCAUUUCUCUGUCUUCGGGUUUGGACUUGAGGGGGUUGUUUGAAACGACGUCCUUUGGGAAUAGGAGGGAGAAGAGGUUUACUUCAGAUGCUAAGGCAGAGGUGGUAGAGGCGAAGGUGAAGGAAAUUGGCGGGGUUUUAGGGUUUAGGGUUGAGGUCGGAAAGAACGGAGCGAUUGGGUUGAGGAAAGGGAAGGUGGUGUUGGUGGUCGAGGUUCUUGAGAUUGUAGAGGGUGAGUUGUUGAUGGUGGAUGUGAGGGUGGUUGAAGGUGGUUUCGAGUUUGAGGAGCUUCAUUGGAGGGACUUGAAAGAUGGGUUGCAAGAUGUUGUGCUUUCUUGGCAUAAUGAAUCGCCACUGCUACCACAGUCACCAUAGUGAUUAGUGAAUGAUUGGUGAAAGUUUCUACUGGAAUUAAGAUAUCCUGGUUCUUAUGCUGAAGUUGCUGCAAUUAGUUGUUCUCAUCGGGUGAUGUGAGUAUGAAGGACUGAUUAAUUAGUCAAUUAGUUGAUUAAUUAAUUAACGACAGAAUUGCAGACCCGGUUGAUGGAGAACGAAAACCCAAGCUAAGCGUAGGCUGAAGCUGAUGAAUUCAUGAGUGCGAUUGUGCUGUGAUACGCUGAUAAAUGACUCUUUGUGCUAGCUAGGUGGAAAAUAUAGGUAACUAUAGCUUAUAGGUAUGUUACUUGUGUUUUGGUAUGUACAUGAGAAUCAAUGGUGUCUAAUGUCUUUGUGUUGGAGUCCAUGGUAAAAUUUUUUGUACGUUUCUCGUGUUAAGAGUGUUAGACUCUUAGCUAAUAAUGAAUGAUAAUAUCUAAUUAGAUCC